AAUAUUUUUCUAUAUCUAACCUUCAAUUCCAGCACAUGCCAUUGGCAGCUCCUUGCUAGUAUAUUUAUCUUAUCUUCAACCCGUACCCCUCUCUCUCUAUCUCCACUUCCUCCUUGUUUCCUCCCUGCAACUCUAUCUAUCUUUUAGCUCUAUUUAUCUUAUUUUCGCAAGGGGAAUCUUAACAAGUGUUUUAAUUUGAGAAAGAGAAAGGUUAUGGAGUCUUUUUCAUGGGUUAAUACCUCGUUGGAUCUUAAUUCUAAGCCUCUGAAAUUAUUCAACGAUGAGCUUCACUUACAGCCGCCGCCCUCGCCAAAGAAGAAAGAGUUGCCAAGCAAUGUUUCUGGGCUUGGAACAAGGGUUUCUGUGAAAGAAGAGAGUCUAGCUUUAGUGGAGGAAUUGAACCGAUUGAGUGAAGAAAACAAGAAGUUGACUGAAAUGUUAACAGUGAUGUGUGAGAACUACAAUGCUUUGCGGAGCCAAUUGGUGGAUUAUAUGAGCAAAAAUCCUGAGAAAGAGAUUAGUUCUUCAAAGAAAAGAAAAUCGGAAAGCAGUAACAACAACAACAACAACAACAACAAUAAUGGAAACAUUGGAAACUCUGAAAGCAGCUCAACUGAAGAAGAAUCCUGCAAGAAACCAAGAGAAGAAACCAUCAAGCCAAAGAUUUCUAGAGUCCAUUACAGGACUGAGGCCUCCGAUACUGGACUUGUAGUGAAAGAUGGAUAUCAAUGGAGAAAAUAUGGCCAAAAAGUCACAAGAGAUAACCCCUCUCCCAGAGCUUACUUCAAAUGCUCUUUUGCUCCAAGCUGCCCUGUCAAAAAGAAGGUUCAGAGAAGUGUUGAGGAUCAAUCUGUAUUGGUUGCAACUUAUGAAGGUGAGCACAACCAUCCGUACCCUUCACUAAUAGACUCAACAUCAGGGCCGAGCCGGGGCGGAACCAUGGUGGGCUCAGUGCCCAAGUCGGCGCCCCAUGGCUCCCCCAUCUCGUUCGAUCUGGCAAAAUCAAAGUCAAGCGGUAAUGACAGAGUGGUGAAGCCGAGAAUUGAAGCACCGGAAAUGAAGAAGUUUUUGGUGGAGCAGAUGGCGUCUACGUUGACAAAAGAUCCGAAUUUCACAACGGCUCUGGCUGCUGCAAUUUCAGGAAGAAUGUUUCAGCAUAAUUCAGCGGACAAGUGGUGAAGUUAAUUACAAUUAAGUCAGAGUAGAAGAAGAGUUGAAGUUUAUGCAUUUCAGAGUUAAUUGUUAGAAUGUUGACGCAGAAAAUACUGAGCAAUUUGUAAAUAGAAACAUUGCAGAGAAAAACGAAAAGUCCAAUAGUAAUUUUUGAUGUUCAAUUGAGAGGUGAAUAUAGAUUUGAAUAUAAAUAAUAUUCAACUGUCCCUCUACAUGAGUAGACAAGUUAGCCCAAACUGAAACAUGUAGUUGGGCUUAAAAAUAUUAGAUUUUACUAAAACUUCCAUAUCAUUUAUAAAAGGCUAUAAGAUUUAUCUUCA